AUGAAUAAUUUUGAAGACAAUCAUCAGAAAGUCCCACCAUCAUAUGAGGCAGCAAUCGACUCAAACACAAGUGUCGGUGGGUCUUUUCCACCAUUUCCACAACCUGCAUAUAUACCACAAACUGUCAAUCCCACAUUAUCAAAUUUUUCUACGAUGCACCCAAACCCACAAGCUGUUAUUCUUGGUGUACCAGCUUAUGGACGAUAUGGCUAUCCGAUGAUUUUUCCUAAUGCUAUGCAAAGCCGUACCAUUUUAACAACAUUCGUAAUUUUUGCGAUAAUAUCAAUUUCCGCGUUUGUGACUUUGUGUAUUGUGAUCCUGAAAUGGCGAAUUCGGCUUCAAUGA